AUGAACAAUCUUAUCGUUCUUGCUGGAAGAGAGUUCGGACUCGAGCAUGCCCUUGAUGGAGCAGAGGUUACCAGCGCUGCUCUCGACACAGCCAACUCGUUGCUCUUCUGCACCACCGACGAUGACCGUCUCCUCGGCAUCUCACUCAAGGGUGGAGAUCCGAUGCAUGAGGCACCUGUGGAGGACGUUCAGAACAUCGCUGUCCUUCCCGAGGUGGAGGGUGUUCUCCUCGUAGACAAGCAUGGCGCUCUGUCGGUAUACCACCUGGACUCAUGCAGCUUCGAACGGGUCGGGGACAUGGCGGGAGGGCUGUUGAGCACUUCGAGCAGCCCCGAUGGGGAGAUCGUCCUGUGCCUGACAGCCUCGUACACACUCAUCGCUCUGAACAUGCAGUGGGGCAUCGUUUUCGAGAAGCAGCUCGAGCAGCUCAAGAUCGAGGGAGUCGCUAGAGCCUCGGUCUCCUGGAGCGCAGACGGUAUGAAGUUCGUGCUCCUGCUGCAGACGGAAGACUUGUCUUCGUCCUACGUCUUGGUUCUUGAUAGACAGGGGAACAUCGAGGCAGAGAGUGAGGUGAUGCAGGACAUGGACGACUGUGUUGCCUUCAAGACCGACGGCUCUCUUAUCGCCGCAUGUCAGCGGAGAAGCGGAGGGAAGCAAAUCAUUUUCUUCGAGCCCAACGCCCUCAGGCACUACGAAUUCUCCCUGCUGAAGGAGGACGGGCAGAGGCGGGUGGAGAGUCUGUGCUGGAACUCAGAUGGAAGUUUGUUGGCGGUAGCGCUGCGAGGGGAGGAAGGAGGUGGUUGUGGCAAGGUACAGUUGUGGCAUCGUUCGAACUAUCAUUGGUACUUGAAGCAAGAGUUUUUGCCCUGCACCAAGUCAAGCACUUGUUGUCGUCCUUGGAUGUUGUGGAGUGACGAUGACCCGAAUGUUGUUGUCGUCGGUUUUGAUCACCAGGAUUCCAACGUUUACACCCUUGACUGGAGGUUCGACCUGAGCCCCUCUGACAGCAUGAUGUUGAGCGGGUCGGCAGACACGUCUGCUAUAGAUCUCAAGACAAUCGCGAUGAUUGACGGCAAGAAAUUACUCCUCACUCCCCUCGGCAAGAUGCUGGUUCCUCCCCCCAUGGCUGCCGUCACCGUCGAGCUUCCCGUCCCCAUCUCGUCAGUCUGCUGGAGUCCAGCUGGGGAUGUUGCUGUCCUCUGCUCAGACGGGAGUUUGCAGAUCCUUGGCAGGCCGUUCGAAGGAGGAGACAGCAGCAGGUGGAGCAAGGUGCCCGCGGUCGAGGUGGAGGUGGCAGGGGAUCGAACGAGGCGGAUCGUUCAGCUUCUGUGGCUGAAAGGGAGGGUGCUGCUUGCUAUCUGCUGUCAGUCUUCUGCUCUCGUCCCCGUCCUGCUCAAGGGAGGGGAGGGAGAGUCAUGGAGGAUGGAGGUGGGAGCGAAGAUCGACACGUCUGCUCCUGUUUCACGGCUGCUGAGGGAGGAGGGGAGGAACGCUUGCCUCGUUCAGCUAGAAGAUGGUCAAGUCUUGGAGGCGGAGUGCGCUGGUGAGCAGGAAAAAAUCACGAUGAAGAGCAUAGGAAAGAUGGCGACUACCUGCAAUAAGCUCAUGAUUCCUCGAGGAGGAGGGAAGCUGAUCAUUGGGAUCAACAAGCGCGGGAAACUUCUCGUGAAUGAGGAGCCGCUGGCAGAGUCAGUCACCUCCUGCUGCCUGCAUGACAAGCAUCUGAUCUACACGACUGCAUCUUGCGAUCUAGUCUUCGUGCCCCUUUCCUUCUUCUCCUCCUCCUCUUCCGUCAAGAGCUCCAGCAGCAUGUCCAUGGCUGCCACGAACGACCAGCGCCUGUUGGAGCGCGGAGCACAGCUCGUCACUGCUCCUCUUAACGAUCAGAAAGUUGUUUUGCUGCUGCCCCGAGGGAAUUUAGAGAUUCUUCAUCCGCAGUCGUUAGUUGUACACCAUUGUUGUUCUCUCCUCUCCUGCAGCAAGUACCUGGACGUGUUGCUCACCAUGCGCAAGCACAAAAUCGAUAUGAAUCUCCUGCACGAUUACGAUCCGCGCUCGUUUGCAGAAAAUGUUGAGAAGAUUGUCAAAGAGGUCAAUUCAUCUCACCUGCUCAGUCUGUUUAUCGCUGCGUUGAAAGAAGAAGAUGUCACGGAAACGAUGUAUAAGUACGUGAAAGAUUUUGUUCCGAUGAAGCAAACACAGCAGAGGGCGAACAUGUCCAAGGUCAACUUUGUCUGCAAGCUCGUAAGAGAUGCAAUGGAGGUAGGAUGA